UAAAGUUCCACUUAAUUGAAUGGGCCAUCCCAAUGUCCUGUUCGUCCUGGCGGGAUUUAUUUCCCUACACUGACUGGCGAACAAUACGUUAUCCCUUACUUAUAUAAUUCUAAAGGCAUGAUGUAUGGACAGUGUUACUCAGUAUUACUGUGCACUUUACACACUUUGUUUUUCAUACUCUGUUUUUUUUUUCUUGAAGUGAUUCUUAUGUCCAUGUGUCGUAUGAGGUUCUUUACUUUGUUGUUUUGCCCACCUGGUUACAGUAACCGUGAAUGUAAUCACACUAUUACUUAUGUAAUAAAGGAUGCCCAGCAACGAUCACGAUGUCAUAGAGAAUCACUCCAUGUGGAUUUGACUUCAUGUUCACUCUUUGCUGAAGCAUUGUAGAGGUUGCCAGGAUUGUGUGGUUGCUGGUGCAUGUGUGAGCAUGAGAGUUUUGGCUUUUCUAAAGUGUUGCGGAGCGCAGCAGGACGAGGAGAUUCCUGAGGAACUGUACGGGGAAGAGGGGGUGGAGAAAUGGGAAAGUCUUCAAGAAAGGAAAGAGAGACUGAAAAAUCUCACCUCACAAGACCUGAGAGAAGAAUUAGAAGCUUUGGGUGUGAAAGUAUGUGAAGACGGGGGAAGAAAGAAAUACAAGAGUGAGAAGAAAUUGAGGAGGGAAUAUAGAAAACUUCUGAUGAGAGAAAUGAGGACCAUUGAUUUGGAAAACUCUAAAAAGACCUUGGCUGUGAAGAAUAAAACAGAGAAGGAGGAGAAGGAGAGACAGGAGAAAAUGGAUGUGGUGGUGAAGGGUGGAGAAGAAGAAGAACUAUCUGAGCAGGAUGGAGGAAGUGAGGCGAGAGGAGAAAUGGAUGGGGAGAGAGAGGAACAGAUGGAUGUAAAUGAAAGGGAUGAUAAAGAAGAGGGGAAAGAGAAAAACAGUGAACUUGCAGAGGAGAGACGGGAGGAGGGGGAGAAUGAGAAGACAGGAAAAAAAACAAAGGAAGAGGAGGAAGUUGAAGGGAGUGUGAAAGAGGAGAAGGACAAGGAGAAGGCAAGGGGGACAAUAGGAGUGGAGGAUGGGGGUGAGAGAAAGGAUGAGAAGGUGGAGAAUGAGGAGGUGGAGAUGAGGAGAGAGGAAAAGGAAGAGAGAGAUGAGGAAAGGGGGGAGGAGGGCAUUGAUGAGAAGGUGAAAGACAACAUGGAGGUGAGGGUGGAGGAGAAAAAGGAGGAAAUGGAGGAGAUAAAGGAAGAGGAAGAGAUGGAGAACGAUGUCCUGAUGCAGAACAAAAAUGAGGAGCAGAAAGAUGAAAUGGAUGUGGAGGCAGAGGAGGAAAGAAUGCACCAGGUACAGAAGGACGUAAAUACUGAAGACAUAGAAAAGGAGGAGGCGCUGAUGGAGGAGGACAAGAAGGAUGAGAGAGUCAGAGAGGAUGAUAUGUCCGAGGAGGAAAGCAAGAAAGAAAAGGAAACAAGGAAGAAGAUGGUGGAGGAGAGAGAGAUGGAGGAAGAAAAGGAUGCAAUGGUCAUUCAAACUGAAGUGGACAAAGCCGAAGAAGAGGUGGUUGCCAGCAAAGAGAAGAUCACUGAAUUGACCCCAAAUAAAGUGGACAAAACAGAAGAAGAGGUGGAUACCAGUGAUGAAAAGACCAAUGGGAGAGAUGACACUCAAGAGGUCAAGAAAAAGAGGAAAACAAGGAGGGCCAAAAGAGCUGGCAAAGGAGGUAAAAAAUGUAAGCAAGGUGAGACGAGCGCUGAACCACUGCCUGAGAAAACUGAAGAGGAGCUGGGACAAAAUCAGCACAGGGAGAACAAAAAUCAGCAGGAGUUUGACAACCGGGACAGCGACGGAGAAAGACGUACACACAAACAGGAACAAGUCUACAAGUGUCCCAAGUGUGGGAGUGUCCAAGAAAGGUGCAAAACAUGCGAAGGAAUGAGGAGAGAGGAGAAGCAUGGAGCACCAGGACUGAUGUGUAAGAAGAACACAAGAGUCCAAGCAGGACAAAGGAGAGACUGGAAGAGGGGAAAUCAACAGGAGUUUGCCAACAGACACAGGGGCAGAGGAAGAUACACACACAGACAGGAGAGAGGAGUGGAGAGACGUGGAGAGAGAUACAAACCACAGAGAGAUAGACAGCCGAGAGAGGAGUGGGAGAGCGGCGUGCCGCCUCAGUGGUGGGAUGAGAAUGAAGGAUACAGGAUGUACGACAGGAGAGACACAGGAGUUAGGCACAGAAGCAGACGAACACAAGAACAUUACAGGCAAGAGAGAGGAGAGGAGAGGUGGGGAGAGAUGGUGGGACACGUGCAGAACACAUUAAGAGAAAGAGAGCGGAGAGUGGAGAUGGUGAGCGGGAGUGGAACUUAUCCAAGACGUUGGCAAAGGAGUCAAGUUCCGGCGCAACGUGACUGGAGAUGCACGACGGGUACAGACCACUGGAGAAACGGACAGGGGAGAAGGGGAGAGAGAGUUGGCGAGAUGCAGAGACCAGUGAGAGGAGGGCGAGAGGAUGAGGAAAGAAGACGUUUCUUUGAAGAGUGGCAGAGGAACGAGUGGGUCAGGGCUGGAGGAAGGAGAGUAAUGGGUUGGGGAGAGUACUACAGGACGGAUCAAUACUAUUACUAAUUACAAUACUAUUACUUCAUUGAAUGAAACAAACUAGUAAACACACACACACACACACUCACACACACUCACACUCACAUCCACAAACACACACAAUAGUGACACACACGCAUCAUAUUUAAAAUAUAAAACCAAUAAAGUUUGAAAACACAUUCUUUUUUCUGCCUGCUUUUUGUUUCUUGUCAACAGAUACACAUAGUCUGAGGGAAAUUUAGCCAGCAGCAGUGAUUGGCAUUACUGACAUGGCUACAUCCAAAAAGAACCAUGCAACAUGAUAAUAACACCAAGCCUGGGGAGUAAAAUCGGGAGAAAAAAAAUCACAACUUUAAAAAAUUAUAUUCAAA